GCACCACGUGGGCCGGUGACUCCGUCCUUCCCGCAGCGGCCGCGGCGCGCAGGGCACUUGGGUUAGUGGCGCGGCGUGCGGCGCAUACAGGCGAGCCGGACGCCCGCUCCCGCCAUGGUCAUCAAGACGGACGAGUUGCCAGCGGCCGCCCCGGCCGACAGUGCCCGGGAGCACGGCUCGCAGGCAGGCGGCAAGGGGCGACCGAGCGCGGCUGAGCCCCCUUCAGUCAUGCUGUUGAAUGGUGAUUGCUCAGAGAGCUUGAAGAAGGAAGAAGGGACAACUGAGCCACCCAGAGAAAAUGGACUGGAUGAGGGUGAGCCUGGUGAAGAGACUACUGGACAGGAAGUCAUUGUCAUUCAGGACACAGGCUUUUCUGUGAAGAUCCUGGCCCCUGGCAUUGAGCCCUUUUCCUUGCAGGUGUCCCCCCAGGAGAUGGUGCAGGAGAUCCACCAGGUGCUCAUGGACCGUGAGGACACUUGUCACCGUACCUGCUUCUCACUGCACCUGGAUGGCAACAUGCUGGACCACUUCUCAGAGCUUCGCAGUGUGGAGGGGCUACAGGAGGGCUCGGUGCUCCGAGUUGUGGAAGAGCCUUACACAGUUCGUGAGGCCCGCAUCCACGUGCGUCACAUCCGAGACCUCCUCAAGAGCUUGGACCCAUCUGAUGCCUUCAAUGGAGUUGACUGCAACUCCUUGUCCUUCCUGAGUGUCUUCACUGAUGGUGACUUAGGAGACAGUGGGAAGCGGAAGAAGGGCUUGGAGAUGGACCCCAUUGACUGCACGCCACCUGAGUAUAUCCUGCCAGGGAGCCGGGAGCGGCCACUGUGUCCUCUGCAGCCCCAGAACCGUGACUGGAAGCCACUACAGUGCCUGAAAGUGCUCACCAUGAGCGGCUGGAACCCACCUCCUGGGAACCGAAAGAUGCAUGGGGACCUCAUGUACCUGUUUGUGAUCACUGCUGAGGACCGGCAAGUCAGCAUCACUGCGUCCACAAGGGGCUUCUACCUGAAUCAGUCCACAGCCUAUCACUUCAACCCCAAGCCUGCCAGCCCCCGCUUCCUCAGCCAUUCCCUAGUAGAACUGCUCAACCAGAUCAGCCCAACCUUUAAGAAGAACUUUGCUGUGCUGCAGAAGAAAAGGGUCCAACGCCACCCAUUCGAGAGAAUUGCCACCCCGUUCCAGGUGUACAGCUGGACAGCCCCCCAGGCAGAGCAUGCCAUGGACUGUGUGCGAGCUGAGGAUGCCUAUACCUCGAGGCUGGGCUAUGAAGAGCACAUUCCUGGACAGACCCGAGACUGGAAUGAAGAGCUGCAGACAACAAGGGAGCUGCCCCGCAAGAAUCUACCUGAGAGGCUACUUCGAGAAAGAGCCAUAUUCAAGGUGCACAGUGAUUUCACGGCAGCAGCCACAAGAGGUGCCAUGGCAGUUAUUGAUGGCAAUGUGAUGGCCAUCAACCCCAGCGAGGAGACCAAGAUGCAGAUGUUCAUCUGGAACAACAUCUUCUUUAGCCUGGGCUUUGAUGUCCGGGACCACUACAAAGACUUUGGUGGGGAUGUGGCAGCCUAUGUGGCACCUGCCAAUGACCUGAAUGGUGUGCGUACUUAUAAUGCUGUGGAUGUGGAGGGGUUGUACACACUGGGUACAGUGGUAGUGGAUUACCGGGGUUACCGUGUCACAGCUCAGUCCAUCAUCCCUGGCAUCCUGGAGAGGGACCAGGAACAGAGUGUCAUCUAUGGCUCUAUUGACUUUGGCAAAACAGUGGUGUCCCACCCACGCUAUCUGGAGCUUUUGGAUCGCACCAGCCGGCCCCUCAAGAUCCUGCGUCACCGAGUGCUUAAUGACCGCGAGGAGGAAGUGGAGCUCUGCUCCUCAGUGGAGUGUAAGGGCAUCAUUGGCAAUGAUGGGCGCCACUAUAUCCUCGACCUUCUGCGCACUUUCCCACCGGACCUCAACUUCCUACCUGUGCCUGGUGAGGAGCUGCCUGAGGAGUGCACUCGUGCUGGCUUCCCCCGAGCUCAUAGGCACAAGCUAUGCUGUCUGCGCCAGGAGCUAGUGGAUGCCUUUGUUGAGCACAGGUACCUUCUCUUCAUGAAGCUGGCUGCUUUACAGUUGAUGCAGCAGAAAGCCAGCAAGGUUGAAACCCCCACCUCCCUGGAAAAUGGCGGUCCUCCUUCCUCAGCAGAGGCCGAGUCUGAAGACUCAGUAGGACCUGAGGCAGGAAGUGAGGAGGAGGGCAGCAGUGUGAGUGGCCUCGCCAAGGUGAAGGAGCUGGCAGAGACCAUCGCCUCAGACGAUGGCACAGUAGACCCUCGAAGCCGAGAGGUGAUCCGCAAUGCCUGCAAGGCUGUUGGCUCCAUCAGCAGUACCGCCUUUGACAUUCGCUUCAACCCUGACAUCUUCUCCCCAGGGGUUCGCUUUCCUGAAUCCUGCCAGGAUGAAGUUCGGGACCAGAAGCAACUGUUGAAAGAUGCAGCAGCCUUCUUGCUGUCCUGCCAGAUCCCUGGUUUGGUAAAGGAUUGCAUUGAGCAUGCUGUGUUGCCCAUGGAUGGGGCCACGUUGGCUGAGGUGAUGCGCCAACGUGGUAUCAACAUGCGCUACCUGGGCAAGGUGCUGGAUCUGGUGCUGCGGAGCCCAGCCCGUGACCAGCUGGACCACAUUUAUAAAAUCGGUAUUGGAGAACUCAUCACACGUUCCGCCAAGCACAUCUUCAAGACAUAUCUACAGGGAGUGGAGCUCUCAGGCCUCUCAGCUGCCAUCAGCCACUUCCUGAACUGUUUCCUGAGCUCCUACCCCAACCCCGUGGCCCACCUGCCCGCUGAUGAGCUACUCUCCAAGAAAAGGAACAAGAGGAGAAAAAACCGGCCUCCAGGAGCUGCAGACAACACUGCCUGGGCUGUGAUGACCCCCCAGGAGCUCUGGAAGAACAUCUGCCAGGAGGCCAAGAACUACUUUGACUUCACCCUUGAGUGUGAUUCUAUGGACCAGGCUGUGGAGACCUACGGGCUACAGAAGAUAACACUGCUUCGAGAGAUCUCCCUGAAAACCGGGAUCCAGAUUCUGCUGAAGGAGUACAGCUUUGACAGCCGCCACAAGCCUGCCUUCACUGAGGAAGACGUGCUCAACAUCUUUCCUGUGGUCAAGCAUGUCAACCCCAAGGCUUCAGAUGCCUUCCACUUCUUCCAGAGUGGGCAGGCCAAAGUACAGCAGGGCUUCCUGAAAGAAGGCUGUGAGCUCAUCAAUGAGGCCCUGAACCUGUUCAAUAACGUGUACGGAGCCAUGCAUGUGGAGAUUUGUGCCUGCCUGCGUCUAUUGGCCCGACUCCACUACAUCAUGGGUGACUAUGCUGAGGCACUCAGCAACCAACAGAAGGCAGUGUUGAUGAGUGAGCGUGUGAUGGGCAUCGAGCACCCCAACACUAUCCAGGAGUAUAUGCACCUGGCCCUGUACUGCUUUGCCAGCAGCCAGCUGUCCACAGCCCUGAGCCUGCUGUACCGCGCCCGCUACCUCAUGCUGCUUGUAUUCGGGGAGGACCACCCUGAGAUGGCAUUGUUGGAUAACAACAUUGGACUGGUGCUGCAUGGUGUAAUGGAGUAUGACCUAUCCCUGCGUUUCCUAGAGAAUGCACUGGCUGUCACUACUAAGUAUCAUGGGCCCAAGGCCCUUAAGGUGGCUCUCAGCCACCACCUUGUCGCCCGAGUCUAUGAAAGCAAAGCUGAGUUCCGGUCAGCCCUUCAGCAUGAGAAGGAAGGUUACACCAUCUACAAGACACAGCUAGGUGAGGAUCAUGAGAAGACCAGGGAGAGCUCUGAGUACCUCAAGUGCCUGACCCAGCAGGCUGUAGCCUUGCAACGCACCAUGAAUGAGAUCUACCGCAAUGGCUCCAGUGCUAACAUCCCACCCCUUAAGUUCACAGCUCCCAGCAUGGCUAGUGUCCUGGAGCAGCUCAAUGUCAUCAAUGGCAUUCUCUUCAUUCCUCUCAGCCAAAAAGACUUGGAAAACCUGAAGGCAGAGGUGGCACGGCGACACCAGCUCCAGGAGGCAAGCAGAAACAGGGAUAAAGCUGAUGAUGUGUCCACUGAUCCUGAGCCAGCAACAGCCCUGGAGGACACGGGCUCCCCUCAGACUGCCAAGGAGGAUCCUUCUCUGAGCUUACAGGGAUAAAAAAGAGAAACAUGGACAGUCAGCAGCCCCAUUACCCAGUGAUGCAGAGAUUCCAGAAGGGGGCAUGCCCCGGAGAUUGGGAGAGGAAGCUAGUCCGCCACUUUCCACCCCUGCCCCACCCCCAGUAUCUGCCUGGGUGCCCGGCCAGGCAUGGCCAGCCUGCUCCCAAGAAAG